CAAUAUCCGUUGCUUCAAGAUCGACCAGCCCUCGGCCGGUGAUGCUUCGGGAGCGCCGGCGGUGUGGAGUCACGGUUACACGGAAGCCUCGGGCGUCAAGAACAAGCUGUGUGUGGCAGCGCUCUCGGCCAAUAACUUCUGUGACAACCGGGAGGCGCUUUACGGUGUUUUUGAUGGCGACCGCAACGUGGAGGUGCCGUAUCUGCUGCAGUGCACCAUGAGCGACAUCUUAGCGGAAGAGCUGCAGAAAACAAAAAAUGAGGAGGAAUACAUGAUCAACACUUUCACUGUUAUGCAGAGGAAACUUGGAACAGCUGGACAGAAACUUGGAGGCUCUGCUGUCCUUUGCCAUAUAAAACACGAUCCCAUGGACCCUGGUGGAUGCUUCACGCUGACCUCAGCAAACGUGGGGAAGUGCCAAACCGUUCUCUGCCGGAAUGGGAAACCUCUGCCUUUGUCCAGGUGUUACGCGAUGAGCUGUGAAGAAGAGCUGAAGAGGAUUAAGCAGCACAAGGCCAUUAUCACGGAGGACGGCAAAGUGAAUGGUGUGACGGAUUCAACAAGAAUCUUGGGUUACACCUUCCUUCACCCAAGCGUUGUGCCGCGUCCUCACGUCCAAUCCAUCACCUUAACCCCGCAAGAUGAGUUCUUCAUUCUGGGAAGCAAGGGGCUGUGGGACAGCCUCUCGAUGGAUGAAGCAGUGGAGGCAGUCAGGAACGUGCCCGACGCGUUGGCAGCCGCGAAGAAGCUUUGCACUUUGGCCCAGAGUUACGGCUGCAACGACAGCAUCAGCGCUGUCGUGGUUCAGCUCAACGUGACGGAGGACAGCUUCUGCUGCUGUGAACUUAAUGGGGUCCCACCCCCCAGCCCAGGCAUUUUCCCCCAGUCUGUCAACGUGGUCAUCAAGGACAGGCCGACGGAUGCGCUCGGGAUGCCAUCUUCGAGCAGCGGCAUGGCUUCGGAGAUCAGCAGCGAGAUCUCCACCUCCGAAAUGAGCAGUGAGGUCGGCUCCACGGGCUCUGACGAGCCGCCCCGUAACAGCCCGGCCUACCCGGGGGAGCAGCGCUGCAUGCUCCACCCCAUCUGCCUGUCCAAUUCUUUCCAACGGCAGCUCUCCAGCGCCACCUUCUCCAGCGCCUUCUCCGACAACGGCCUUGACAGCGAUGACGAGGAGCCGAUCGAGGGGGUGUUCACCAAUGGCAGCCGCGUGGAAGUGGAGGUGGACAUCCACUGCAGCCGAGUGAAGGAGAAGCAGCUUCUCCACGUGCCGGUGGAAGCCAGCGACGAAGGUAUCGUCAUCAGUGCCAACGAAGACGAGACCGGCCUUCCCAGGAAAGCUGAAUAUUCUGCCACGGGCACAAUCGGGCGCCGGCGGGGCAAUGGUUCCGUGGCGCCACACGAGAGGAGCCAUAACUUAAUUGAAGUUGCGACGGAUGCACCGCUCAGAAAAACGGGGGGCUACUUUGCUGCUCCAGCGCAGCCCGAUCCCGACGACCAGUUCAUCAUCCCACCAGAGCUGGAAGAAGAAGUCAAGGAGAUUAUGAAGCAGCACCAGGAACAACAACAGCAGCAGCAGCAGCGGCAGUACCCGAUGGACCACCUGGCAGACUAUUACGACACACCGCUAUGACCCACUCUAUUUACUGCUCAGAAAUGAGCUAGCUAACGUGGAGACUUGAGUGUGGGACCCAGUGGGCUCGCAUUACAGCAGGGGUUUUCCUUAUCCUUUUCCUUUAUAUACUUCCUUUUCCUUAUCCUGCCACUACAGAUAACUGCAGCUUUUCAGUUUGUUAGGUUUAAUAUUCAUUGACUUUCUUCUAGAGACGCUUGACCGGUAAAGUUUAAAAUAGUUAACCUUCCCUUAACAUAUCAAGUGUAAAAACAAACAAAAACAAACAAACAAAAAAUCUAAAGAAAUAAUAAAAAGGUUUAAUAUAUUGCUGAGAAACAGAUGAUGAUGUAAUAUUUUUUAAAAAGGCUUGUUUGUUUUGUUUGAAAAGCAGGGCAGUAGCCAGUGCUAAAUGAUUUAAGUAAUAUUGUAAUACUGUAUUUCUUCGAGAGAAAAGGCUUUUUUUGGUCUUGAAAAUGAUAGACAUUUGUAGAAUAUGGAGACUAACUCCUAGGAGUUGCUUUUACUCUUUCAGGUGACUUAAGUCACUGAGAUUCACUAAUUUUCUCUGAGAGAACAGUUGAUUGGGGAAUUCCUGUAAAUAGCUCAGUGUUGUAUAGUGACGCUUCCAUGUUUUGUAGCCUUGGCAUUAAGGACACAACCCGAAAAAUCGAUCCGUUUUUUUCUUAAGCGACUCUCUGGGCCAUCCGUGGUCGCCGAGCGUAGCGGACCGAGCGGCUGCGUACGAGGUAGCAGGAGCCGAGGUGGCGUUAGGCCGUUUAAAGCAACCCACUUUUUCCUCCAGCCUCUUUCUUUCCUUGCUUUCACAGACACGUUUCGUUUGUGUUCCUUACUGCUGCCACAACCAGCAUGAUUGUAUAGAGCUCAUUUCCUGUAGGACAUUUACAUACCGAGAGUUAUAUUAAAGCCGAAUGCACAGAUGAACAUGUCAUAAUUUUUGUUAUAAUAAAUAUGAAAUUUACACCCGA